UUUAUCUUGUGUUUGUCUUUGGAGAACUAGCUAGAGAAAGCUUUUCUUUAUUAUCAUUUUAGACAUGGAUUAAGUUUUUAAGACACAAAAAUGAGUCACAUUCUAUAUUCUGUACCUUUUACUCACAAGUGCAAAACGAGAAGGAUUUUAAAAUUCUUAAAGUCAGAGUAGCGAACUUGAAAAUAAGUUUUUUGAAAAACUUUUUGUUGAAAAUGGCAUCUGCCAUAUUUCUCCUAUCCUAAAACUCCGCAGCAAAAUAGAGUUGUAGAGAGGAAGAAUAAGACUUUGAAAGAAAUUGCCAGAACAAUUAUCAAUGAAACAAACAUGGCUAAACACUUCUGGGUUGAGGCAGUUAACACAGUGUGGUAUUUAAAUUCUGGAACUUCCAACAGAUGUCAAGACAGAUGUCCCAACAACACACAAUGUCAAGAUAGAUGUUAUAACAUCUGCUGACUUACAACACACUUACCAAAACUGGAAAAAAGUUGCAGAAUGAUAAAUAACACAAUGAAUUGUUAACCCAGUUCAGUGCAACAACACCUAAUCUGAAACUACCAAGUCAGGAAGAAAAUCUCCUUUUAGUAGUACUAAUUCAAAGCCUAAAUAGUCUCAAUUUAUAACUUCUCGCUUAAUCCCUAUCCACUGGUCAAAAAGUUAUAGUGUAAGUUAAAAAAAAUUAAUGUUGCUAAGCCAAAGCUAUGUCUAAAAAGUGCACAUAUAAACUUUUUCAAAAAAAUUCUCAAGUAUUGGUCAACAUUAACCGACUGACGAGUGACGACCUAGGCGGCAAAGAGUAAAAAAUUGGAGAGAAUACAUUUUGGCGGGAGUUUAGUCCAGGGAUCAUCUUCCUUCCUCCAUCAUUUCAUCAAAUCAAAAGAGACAAUAAACAUCAACACACUUUCACUCUCACCCUCACCGGAAUCCAAACUCACUCUCACCACCGCACAACACCAUCAAUGUCUUCUUCAAUCUCAGAUCCAAUCACAUCCUACUCCCACACUCACCGCAUCGUCCUCCUCAUAGAUCUCGACCCACUCCUCCAAACCAACAACAGCAACCAUUACAUCAAAACCAUUCUCUCCACUUCCAAAACCCUACUCUCUUUCCCUCCCCUUUCUUCAUCUCUCUUCGCCUUCAAAUUCUUCUUCUCUUCCAUUCCACCCCACAUCUCCUUCUCCAAACUCCACCCUUUUCUCCCCAAACACUCUUUCUCCUUCGAUCACCCUUCCCCCACUUUCACCCUCCUCUCUCAAAUUCUCUCCUCACUCCCGAAUUUCCCUCUCCCAUAUCACCCCAAAGCCGUACACCUCAUCGAUUCCAUCACACAGCUUCUCCAUGAUUACCCUUGGGAGUCCGAUUCCGACUUAACCACACCUCUCAUUCCUCCUAAUUUAAUUCUAUUGUUUACUCCGUUGCUCAAUUCAUUCAAUUCACUCGCUGAAUUCUUCGAAUCCAGCGAGGAAUUGUUGCGAAUUGAGAGCUCUUUCUGUGAUAAUUUUUUAGGGUUUUUCGGGAAUGUGAGCCGCCGGUUUGGCUCUAAGGGUGUUCAUUGUAGUUGGAUUGGUGUUAAUAGUGAUAGUAAUAGAUUGAGCGAGAGUGGUGAUGAUGAUAAUGAGGUUGGAGUGAUACGUGGGCUGUUUGAGAUUGGGGCUAGGAAAUUAGGUUGGGGUUUUUGUUCUUUGGAUUCAAUUUUGCUUGGUUCUGCUCUUGUUCCGUUUGGUUUGAUAUACCCCAAAAUUGGGGUUUCGUGGUUUUCUGUUCGUUGUUGUUCUAGGGAAGUUAAGGUUCAAUUGAAUCUUAGGAUUUUGGAUGUUAAUGGGAGUCCAAUUGACUAUAAUUGUUGUGAUCUCGAGGUUUUAGAUUUUAGGGUUUUGGGUAGAGGGGAGGAUGUGAAUUUGCAAGGUGGUGGUGGUUGUGGAAGAAGGAAGGAGAGGCUGUGGAGUGUGUGUUCGGACGGGACGCCGAAAUUGAAAGUUAUGGCUGUGCGCAAGUGUGACGCGUUUGUUAAAUUGAAUGGUUGUCUCUCUGAUUCGGUUCUGGUGCGUGAGGUUUUAGGGGAAUCUAAGAAAGGGGAUUCAAGUGAGUUUUUCGCUGAUAGGGUACUUGAACUGCUUGCAAGUGAAUUUGGAUUUCAGGGGCGGCGGAAAUCUAUUCCUGUUUGGGAGAUAUUGUUGUGUUAUCUUUAUAAAGAAGAUUGUUGGGCUUUGGUGUCGGUUGACAGUGGCAAAGGUGGUGGUUCUUGUGUUGGUAUUCUUAGGCCUUUUACUGUUUCUUCGGCUCUUUUAUCUAUCUUGGAGGAUCCACAAUUGGCUUCUGAUUUUGGUGCAGCAAAUAUGGAUUCUUCUAUCAGGACAGGUAUUAGGGAAUCGGAUCGCAAAUAUGACAAGAACAAGGGUAUGCUGGAUUCUCAGGUCAAGAGUGCUGUGGGAAUUAAGGGUAAGCAGAAAAAGAAGAUGACGGAUUUAAAUGUACUUCAAAACCUCACGUGGAGCUCUUUUUGUGAUUUAGUGUAUGAUCAGUUUGAGAUGGACCUGCAUGAGGUUUAUUAUGCAAUGGAAUGUAACAAGUCAAAGAAGUUGAAGUUUUUGAAAUGCUGGAUGAAACAGGUGAAGAAAUCUAGUUGUUGUGAUCUGAGUUUGUCAGAAAAUCCCAAGCUAAAUCAGAAAAUUGCCGAAGGGUCUGACAGUAAAUUGAAUGAGUUACCUCAAAAUGGUGAACAGCCAAUGUCACUGGUGGUUGAGUCAGAUGGAAUUAAUGCUGGGGUUGCUAUGAAACAGGAUGAUGCUGUGCUUGAUUGUGAGUCUGAAACAUCUCAAGCAUUUUUUAGUAAUCUUUCCAGCAGAAUUCAACAAGGAAUUGAAUCUGAUACCAUAGACCUCCUAGCUUUGUCAGAGCGACUUGUGAAUUCAUCUAUAUACUGGCUAUGUAUGAAGGUUGACAGGGAAACAAUUCCUCAGAUAGAUUCUCAUAUGAGUGAUAAUAAGGCUUGUGGUAGUGUGAUUGCGUCUGAACUAAUAAAGCUACUGUUGAAGGAUCCCAAGGAGAUAGCUGCAAAGCAUAAAAGCAGAAAUCCGUCCUCUCAGUUAUCUGAUGCAGCAGGACCAACUACAAUAAUCACAGAACAUGCAGUUAGAGAAUAUGAACUACAGAUUUUAUUUCGAAUGGAAAUUUUACAAUCAGAGAUUGGGUGUGGAAUCGAAGAUUCCACUAAACAAAAGUUUGUCAAACAAAUAUGUCUGCUCUUAGAGAACAUUCAGUGCCACAUGGAAGGGGGGUUCUUUGGUGAUUGGAACCUUGAAAAUUAUGUGGCAAAGAUCAUAAAAAUCAGGUAUUCUCACACCCUUGAAGAUAUUGUUCAUAAAAUCUACAACAAAAUGGACCUGCUUCUGUUUUCAAAUCAGGAUGAAGCCCCAGAUUUUUUAUUUAAUAGUGAGGACAGCAGCAAAUCGUUGAAUCCAAAAGUAUACGGGGACGAGAUGGGUGAAAAUGAUGUUAUUAACGGACCCUUUUCAGCAGAAAACGAGGUUUUUCAUUUGCAGAAGAAUGUCAAAGGAAAAUCCCAAAGGAAUACAGAUGGGGGUUGUGAUAAAAAGCUAUUUGAAGCUGUGGAGAGGAGAGAGAGGGCACAAAGAUUUUCAUACAUAAAAAGUCGAAUGCCUGCUCUGCGAGUUUGGGCCCCAAAACAGAAGGCUAUGAAAUCCAAGACAGAUCACCUUUUUAAGAUUCCAAAAAGGAAAGACAGAUCAAGGGCAUGUUAUGAUACUGUAUGUGAGACACCAAUGACAAAAAACACACGGUCAAGCCCACAGUCAAUUGGUUCAGAUGAUGACAGAUACAUGGCUGAUGGGAGUCAAGUAUGUGGUUCAGUUGCCAAGGCAUUGUUUCAGGUCUGAAUAUUCAGUUAUGUCAGCAUGUUGGUGAAGUUUGUAAAAUUUCAAUAAGGAUUGAUUUCCAAAAGACAAGAUUAGGUUCUCUCUGGAUAUCUCUCGUGUUAAGCGUGUUAGACUCGCAUUAUAUAUGCGAGGAGCAUAAAGUCCUCCUUAAAUUGUAAUUUUGACACAAGAUAUGUGAAUGUGUAAGAUAGCCGUCAAUGGUGGGUGUCUUUGUUUAUUGUUUUUGCAUUCCUAGUUUAUGGCUAAGUAUCUGCUUGAUAUUUUUUCUGUAAAUGUUAUGAUGCUCAUAACCUGUUUUUA